CAGCUCACCAAGCGCCUCGGCAGCGGCAGCACAGCGCCAGUCUUUCUCGGCCGCUCGUCCCUUCACGGCGCUGCCAGAGCGUACAAGCUCGCUAUCGAGCCCAGGCAGCGCCCUGACGGAGCGGCGGCGACUCCCGAGGACGUUAAGGCGUUGGUGGUCCGUCUGCCAGCGGGAGUUCGCCGUCGAUGCGCAGAGGUACCGGGAGGUUCAGUGGAGCAUGCAGCAGAACGGGCUGGCCAGCGCGCCGUUUCUGCGAUGCUUCACCUGGAGGGCGGAGAGGGACGGGGGCGCGACGUACAGAGAGAGCGGAGCGGGGGAGGCAGACAAGUGUCUGUACUUGGAGCUAGACCUGCUGCCCGGUAGACAAAACGAAGAAGAGGGUGCGGCGCCUUGGGUGGAAACGUGUGUCGAAACAUUGUCUUUUUUGGCCAUUCUUCAUCUCUUGCAGACUCGUAUGCGUCGCUCAACGAGUACGUGUGGAACCAGGGCAGGGACUUCCUGACCAUCGACAACUACUACCCCUGCAGAAGGCCCGACGACCACGAGGGCAUCCUCGAGAAGCUCAUCGAGUUUGUCAGGGCCUUCAAGCGGGCGGCAGUGGCCCACCUGGUGGCGCAUGACAUGGGUUUUGUCUGCGGGGACCACUACAUCAACAACGUAUACAUCGAUACCAAGCCAGUCCCGUCAGGUGAGAAGGAGACGAACAAUCGAACACCCAGCUUUCUUCUGAGGUACUCCUGUCCUUUCGUUAGACAUGCUCAAGGCCACGGAAAUCCUCGCCGCCAUCAGGACCGCCACCUCCCCCACCACCACUCCGUGGGAGGCGCUCAGCGUGGUGCUGAUCGACCUGGCCAACAUGUUCCUCAUGGACGACGAUUUGCACACUCAAAACCACCCCCGAGAGCCCGUCGCCCGUGUGCCGUGCAGGAAGGACGCCCAGGACGCCGCCGCACAGCUGCCCACCCACACUCAGUUCCAUGCGGCGCCAGAGCAGAUUAUCCUGCACGUGCACUACUUGAUGGAGGACAAGGACGCCACGUCAGGCAUUGGUGAGGGCACGCUCAAUUCCCCCUCCCUCCCUCGCAUGGACGUGCAUGCCUGUGACACAACAUGGUGUGUCUCCGUUUGUGUGUCUCCCCUUCAGGUCAUCCAUCGGUCAGAUCCGCCAGGAAGCUGCACCGCACCCUCAAGAAGCAGCGGCUGAUCGAGGGGUCGUCGCGGCGCGAGGCGGAUGUGCUGAUCGGCCAGCUCACGCCUGUGUUCGGGCUUGGCCUCGCCUUGUCGAACGCCAUCGGGGGAAGGAUGUGGCAGACUGCCCUGGCCAGGCGCGAAGGUGACGCGAGAACGGCUACGGCGAGCAGCAGAUGGUGACGGCGUUGAACUGGGACGAGACCGUCCAGACCCGCCCCAUCUUCGACGACCGCGAGCCGCGUCAUCUGCACCUGAGGACAUUAGAGCGCGGCCUGGAGUGGCUGGAUCAUGCCAUCAAGAAGCUGUCGGCCAUCGCAGCAAAAGGCGCUCAAUUUCGAUCAGGGGGAGAGGGGUACCUUGGGAGAGAUGGUGGAUAGUCUGCAUGAGGUCAUGGUUUUCUUGGAGGGUCAGAAGGCCGGCAACCCGCGAUCUCCGCCGAUUGCGGACGAGCCCAAGAGGAG